CAAAAUGCUGAUGGUGACCGGAAAGGAAAUUUACAUGCUCGUGAUAUUGAUGCCCAUUGGAUCCAACGUUCACUGUCCAAAUUCUACAAAGAUCCCAUAGUGGCACAGCAAAAAGUCAACGAAGUACUUCAAGUUUUGAAGGAAGCUUCGGAUGACCGCGAUUGUGAGAAUCAGCUUGUUUUGCUGCUGGGCUUCGAUCAGUUUGAAUUUAUCAAAGUGCUUCGACAACAUCGGCAAAUGAUUCUCUAUUGUACACUUCUGAAACAAGCCCAAGAAGGUAAAGAGCGCGAGAACAUCGAAAAAGAAAUGCUCAGCCGCCCCGAUUUGCAUCAGAUCCUUGCUGAACUCCAUGAAACUGAAAGCGCCGAUACUGUUGAAGUUAGUUUCUUUUUUACUUCAAAUGAAAAUUAUGAUACGUUUGGGGAUGAAACAAAACCGAAAUUUAAUUUUAUUUUCGGUCUUCUCCUCAUUUUCUAUUGUUUUUUUCUUUUUAUUUGCUUUUCACUUUUUUAUUGCAAAAGGAAGAAAGUGCUGACAGCAAGGAAACGAAGUUGUUAG